AGAAUUGCCCACUGCAAGGCAAAGCAGCUUGAAUUUCGUCCAGGUUUUAUCGUAAAUAAAUAACAGUCAGUGCACACCCUACACGUACUCCUUACUGGUCAGUGUAUGAAAUCUGGUUCCAUUGUGUCCUGUGGUCGGAAACAUUUUUACCUUGGAUGCUGCGUGCGAAUUCUUCCAUGCACUCGCAGUCUUAUCUGGAAGUCAACAUCAGAAUGGUGAAGCAGACUACAGUGAAGAACUCAACAAUGACGAACUCCGGAAAAUCAAACAAAACUCAAAAAAAGCGCGUGAAUAAAAUAGUUGUUCAGAUCAGGCGAGUUCCGAGUACAGAAAAAAUUACCAAAGUAAGGAAGAGCAUUGACUCAAAGAAGAAUGAUAACAAACAGAACCAAGCGGAAGAAAAACCAAAACGAAAAUACCGCAAAAAGAAGAAAUCCCCAGAAAACGGUGAGAAACUUAAAUUUUCCAUUGUUGAUUACUUGCGAACUUCCAUGAGCGAUAAAUUAAGUGCCGAUGAAGUUAAAAAACUGAAAAAAGCUGAGAGAAUAGCAGAGAAGAAAGCUAAAAAGUUGAAUGGGAAAAUCAUGAACAAAUCAAAAAAUCCUGUGGAUGAUUUUGGGAAUUAUGAGCUUCUGGACAACGAUCCGGACGAUUUUAUGAUACCAUUAGAUGUAGUAAUCAGUGAUUCUGCUCCUGUGUCAGAAGAUGAUGCAGAAUCUCCUAAAGAUGGAAAUUCUGGGCAAAUUAUUACAUCUGACAUGGAUCUUGAUUUUAGAGAUUCUGAAAUUGAGGGAAAAGUUUCAGAAUUUAAUGAUGAAAUCUCCGAGUCCAACAAUGAAUUCCUAGAUGCUGAUAUUUUACGAUCAGCGUACAAAAAUGUUUUGGAGGUGGAAAAUGUAGAGCCAAAGAAGAAUUCGAAAGGGACGCAUUUUUUGCUUACUAACGCAAGUGAUUCCAAGUGCUGUGUCCAGUGUGGUGCCUCGUUUACCUGUGCUUAUAAACUCAGACGUCACAUGCUAUCGCACAGCGAUGAAAGGAAAUUCUUUUGCAAAACAUGUGGAAGUGGUUUUAAAACGAACUACCAUCUGAGCCGACAUAUGACAAACGUUCACUACAUUGUAGACCUUCAUAGCUGUGAUUUGUGUGAUAAAGAGUUUACAUCCCGGGUAAGUUUAAAAGAACAUAAGUUAGAUCAACACCCCAGUAAGGUUAGCCAUUUUUGUUCGACUUGUCAAAAAUCAUACGCCUCCAGAAAGGGCUUGAAGAGACAUCAGAACCAAAUUCAUGUCAAAAAAUGAUUGGUCAUAUGUUCUCAACACAAAACAAUGAUGUUUUGCUGACAUAUUAAGGGUUUGUUCCUUGAACCCUGCUUAGUUAUAGAUGGAUGAGACGAGCAUACGAAAAUGACCAACUCAGGUAAUUUUUUUGUAAAUCGUUGCCUCCCUUCCAAGCAGUGUUUGAAACUCACCUUUGAGUUUUAGGAGCCAUGUGGCGCAUCAAGCCCGAUUUUUAGGCGCCAUUGAAGAUUUUUUAGGGGCCAAAUUGACUUUUUGCCUAUAUAUUACGGCGCAUUAGUGAAAAGCUAGACACAAUAUGUUUUCGUAACAGAACUAGUAAGUAGCUGUAACUUGGGGAGGACAAAAGCACUAAGAAUGAAAUCAAGCUUUCACUUGUAGUGCUGAAAAUUCCGAGUUUUUUCAAUUCAAAUAGAUU